AUGGAACAUGUUGGCCGCGAUGAUCACAUCCUCGACCGGGUCUUGGUCAACGUCCAGCUUCUGGAAGAUGAGCUGAUUGACUUGCUCGGGCAACGACUCCAGCGAAUCCUCGAAGAACCCGGCGAAGAUGUCAGUGGAGGUGUAGGAGUGGUACCCUCACCCAACGGCUCGAAGCACUUCUCGAGUCGCUGA